AUGGCCUUUUGGGUUCUCGGUACUGGCGCCGGUGGUCCGCCUGACAACAGCCACCCAUGGCAUCCCCAUCACCAAGGCAAUCACUGCUACGACGACUACAGAAGCAAGGCUUUUCAGCCGCCGGCCACCCAAGAUCAUGUAUACCACCACCAGAAUGCAAACAGGCAUAGCUAUGACGUCCACCAACCGGACCAUACCGGCGGUCACAGCACAAAGCAAGCUGCACCCUCUAUCCAGAUCAAGAACCUCGCUUUCUUAGUCAUUCGCGAGCAACAUCCCGACAGCCCGCCCUCGGAGGCAUGCAAAAUACAUUCGGUACCUAACAACAAUGAGAGCAGCUUCAUUCAAGCUCCCCUCCCACAGCGUCCGGCACCCCUGGAGCGUACCGAGUCCGGGCUUCCCAUCGCAGAUACGGCCACUCAUGAAGACGACGAUGAAGAAGGUGAGCAAAGCGGGUGCUUUCUCGACGACCUGGCCGCUGCCCAGCUCGUGCGCGACCACGUCGCCAGUUUCCAACGGCGGUGCCCAGACUCACAAUCCGGGCGCAUUCUUCGCGCGCUGAUCAACCCCAAGAAUGAACGCCGGCGAACCCCGUCUCGGAGUCGGAGCAGACACCGCCGGCAGCAGGAUAUGCCGCACCGCCACGAUGAUAGCCCGAGAACCGCUGGGACCUCGUCUUCUGCGUUUCCUCUCGACAACGACGCCCUUCGUAGCGUCUUUUCCGCCGCCAACGAGCUUUUUUUCGCAAAUCGCCUUGCGCGCCGCGUCGCCUGGGACUGGAGCCACCCGGGCAGCGCGCAGUAUCAGAGCGCCGUCGUCGGCACCACGGCGCUGCGUCGCUGCGCCCACCUCGGCGGCUGGGAGACGCUGAUUGUGCUGUCGUCGCCUGUGCUGCGCGACACGCGCUACAACCGCCGGCUACUACUGUCGACCUUUUUGCACGAGAUGAUACACAGCUUCUUGUUUGUGACAUGCGGUCGGAAAGCUGGCCGGCAGGGUGGCCACACGGAAGGCUUCCUCCAGAUUGCCCAGGUCAUUGAUGCGUGGGUGGGUAAGGACUACCUGCGACUGAGCGACAUGCAGGCGGAUCUGCAGUAUUUCGAGGACGGCAGUCCGGUGCCCGCGACACCUUGCAUGGGGUACAGGCAAAUGAUUCAUGAUCACGGCGGCGGGGGUGGGCAGGAGCCGAGGCAGAGGGCUGCGGUCCCCGCGUGGCAGCUGGACAAUGAGAGAAAUGUGUGGCCGCAUCCAAGCGGCGGAGACGCUGCAGGGCAUGGCAUGUACCUGAAUGAGCCUGUGCUGCCGCCGCCGCAGCAGUUUCGGCAUCCGGAUGACGGCGCCUGGCAGUGGUACGAGCGGGAGGGCUUCGAGACCCGCGACGGUCCGGUUGUCGGUAUGCACUAUUAG